AUGUCACGUGAUAGACGUGCUUGCGUCAAUCACCAAUCACAAUUUUUUAAAACCAAUAUUUUUCAUAAUAUCAAACCUAAAAUUGAAUACAUAGAUAAAGAUACUACUCCUGAUUUUACAAAUAGUAAAACUUCACAUGCUAACCUGUUAUAUUUUAGAUGGUUAUCUGGACGACCAAAACAUAUUUUCUCCAAAAGAUUAGGUAUAUCCUAUAUUUCCUCUUACCAUGCUCAGGACAAUUCAUCUGUCCUCAAAUUUCACAACAAACACAUGUACAAAAAAAGAUUAUCAAAUCUUGAAAAGAUACCAAGUCCUAAUCUCCGCACGUGGAAAUGGCAAGAAAACCGUUUUGAUCGCGCUUGUCAUCACGUCUUUAGUAAGAUGAAAUUACCUCGUGAACGUACUGCUCAACACUUAGAUUAUUUGGCUAUAGGCUGA